AUGGCCGCGGCCCUGGUCAGGGCUCUCGUCGGCUUGUUCGCUGUGGGCGCCGGCGAGGCGCGUCGCACGAGCCUCGCCAUGCAGUACAAGCCUCUGCGCCGCCACGCGAAUCUGUUUGAGGACUGGACGGAGUGGGUGCACCCGCCGCUGCUUCACGCGAUCCGCUCCUCCAAUGCGAGCGCGCUGCUCGAUCUGCUGCGAGAGGAGGCCGGCGGAGGCGACAGCUCCGGCGUCUACUCACUCCCGCUCUUUCUCGACGCAGAAGGAGGGUGCGCGUUCUGCGACUUGCUGCUGGACGAGCUGGACGGGUACUAUGCCUCCGGGCUGCCCAUCGAGCGGCCAAACUCGAUGAACAAUUAUGGCAUCAUCGUCAACGCCAUCGGGAUGCGGCCUGCGAUCGACCGGCUGCAAGCGGCGGCGGAGGGCGGGUUCACGUCGCACCACUCCUUCAUGGUCAAGUACAAGGCGGGGCAGGACCUCGGCCUGGACAUGCACACGGAUGACUCCGACGUCACAGUCAACGUCUGCCUCGGCAAGGACUUCCGCGGCGCCGCAAACCAGAUGCGGAAGACGGAGACGGCUGUGUGUCCCGACGAGCACUCGAGACGACACCCGACCCGCUGUGUUCGGCCGUCUUCCACCGUGAUCCUCCGCCUCAGCGCCGCGCUGACCGUGUGCGGCGACUCUCGCUCGCCUUCGCACCGCCAGUUCUACGCCUCGUACUCACACGAGCGAGGCCUCGCGCAUGUCCGCCUCAGCUCGACUCCCCUCGACGGCCGCGCGCUUCUCCACCUCGGCUCGCGGCGGCACGGCGCCGACGACAUCGCCAGUGGCGAGCGCAACAACCUCAUCGUCUGGAACCAGAAUGCGAGGCGCCGCGCCGCGCCAGGCCGCUACGUCAACCGGCAGCCGUACUUGCGCGAGGCGGCCCCGCCCGACAAGCGCUGCCUGAGCUACACGCGCCCGGCGCGACUCUGGCGACGGGAGUUCCGCGGGCGCGGCUGGUGCCCUCCCGCCUUCGCGUGCUACGACAGCAUGGCGCCUGCCCUCAAGAAGGACGAGCUGUGA